AUGUACUAUGAAGAUCAUAUAGAGCCUGAUCCAAAUGAAGAGUGGAGGGAAAUAGAGCUUGAUUCACAAAAAUUCAAAGUUUCACCUUUUGGAAGAAUUCAGUUACCAUAUUGUGAAAUCACCCAAG